GUACGGAGAGUAUCCUAGGCAUACGUAAAUCUGGUGCUACUAAGGACUGCCUUUGUUUGUUUACUUUAGCACCUGCCAAGUCCACCUGGAAGGAUGAAUUUCUACAAAGCCCCAGCCCUGCUGAAUUGCUGACGGACAGAGAGCACCAUGUUUGGACCCUGGGCCUUCUCUCCUAAGAGAACGUCUGGUUCAGGCAUAACAUGGGGACCGGGGCCUCCAUUUCCCUCUGUCAAUCAUUGUCAUCUGUAAAAGUGAAGCAAGGUGGAAAUAAAGUUGGACCGGAACCUCAAAGAAUUUUUGGUUCUCCCCUUGAUAUAGUCGCCAAGGAUACGACACACCGGCCUGUUCCUUUAGUUGUCCAACACACAGUGGAAUAUUUAGAAGAGUUUGCGAACAAAAACUGCACCACAGAGCAAACGAGAUGUCUAAAAAGGCUAUUAAGUCGCCUGCCGGAAGCCCACAGUUGCCUUGCUUGUUUCCUCGUUAGAUUUCUCGCCAAGGUGGCUGAAAACAGUGAUGUGAAUCAGAUGACCCUGGAGAACCUGGCCAUUGUUUUUGGCCCCACAUUAUUCCGAAUUCCGUGCAGCCCUUUGGCAUACAAAAAGCAAACCCUUUGUAAUGCCGUGCUCCUGCAUAUGCUUCAGCGCCACGAGGUCCUCUUUCUGGAGAGCUCCAGCAAAUAUUUCUCCCCAAUGGAAGAGCAGUCCCAGGUUCAGAGGGAGCCAGAGUCCAGAGAAGAACCCACCAAAGCUGAAUUCUCUCCUCCCCAUUAAUUUCCUCUGCAUGACUCUUCUCAUCAGGAGCCCUGUUAUACAGACAGGCUUGUUUUGACAACCCUUCCAGGAAGAGACCAAGCAUCUACUCGUUGCUAAGGCAACACAAAGAUGAAAUCCUCUUUUUUCCUCUUCUUUAGCAAGCUCUGCACCUCCACUUCAAGGCUAGCCCGGAUAGAUCAAAAAUAGCACAUUCAUUAUGUACUUCUGAGAUAUCUUUUCUUCGUUUUCUGUCUGUCAGAUUGAAGUUCUCUUUAACCUGACAUAAUCUCCC